AUGGCAGCCUUGCACAACUCGAAUCCACUCGGAAAGGCUCCGCGCAUCAGAGAGCCAACAGGGGGACAGUCCACCGCGGGGGAGAAAAGCCAUGAGUUGACCGACCAGUCCAUUCGAUUACCCCCGAGAAAAAUUAUCAGUGUCUUUUUGGCCUGUUGCCUUACCGAUGUUUGCUCCCUGCUCGACUACACAAGCUUGGCUAUCGCCCUGCCGGCAGUCUCGGCGGACCUGAAUGCGGGCUCGACGAGCAGCUGGAUCGCAAGCUCAUACUAUGUCACCUCCUCGUCUUGCCAAUUACUCUACAGUCAUCUUUCGGACGUGUGGUCACGGAAGGUCGUCCUGCUGGCAUUACUGGUGGUUUUUUUUCUGGGGUCUCUGGCUUCGUCGCUAGCCACCAGCGCCAACCAACUGAUCAUCUUCCGAGCUAUUUCAGGCAUCGGGGGUGGGGGGCUGGUGACGGUUGCGCAAGUAAUUGUGUCAGACGUGGUGUCUCUACGAGACAGAGGUAAAUACCAAGGCAUCUUGGGCGCUGCGACUGCACUAUCAAAUGGAAUCGGACCCGUACUUGGCGCUUCUUUUUCACAUGGAAGUCGCUGGCGUUGGAUUUUUCGCAUCAACAUGCCGUUAGCCGUCCUAUGCGCUCUCGCUGCAAUAUUUUUCAUGCCUUUGAAGAAGGUUUCUGGUAGUUGGAAAACGAAACUGGCCCAAAUGGAUUUCAUCGGCUCAGCUCUAACGCUUAUCAGCUCAUGCUUAUUCAUCCUGGGAUUUACUUGGGCGGGCGUAACAUACCCCUGGCUGUCUCGACAAGUAAUCGUUCCGGUAUGCUUUUCGGCUCUGGCUGCCGGCCUUUUCUGGAUUUGGGAAUGGAAAUUUGCCUCAAUCCCAGUCAUGCCGCUUCGAAUCUUCAAAUCGACAAUCGUUUGCGGCGUACUGGUAACACAAGCUGUGAACGGUUGGGCUGCCUUAAGCCUUUCAUUCUACUUGCCUCAGUUCUAUCAACUGAUUUACGGCUAUUCCCCGCUCAAAAGCGCAUGCUUAUUGAUUCCAAUCACCGUCAGCCAAACGUUCACGAGUACUCUUAGCGGCCUCGUUAUCACGUGGACAGGAAACUACAGGGUCUCUAUACUUUCUGGAUGGGCGAUCUGGACAGCUGGACUUAGCUUGAUUUCGACGCUUCAUGAGAACUCCAACUUGGCUCGACAGCUAUCUUACAGCAUCUUAACCGGAGUUGGAAUCGGAUGUACUUUUCAAUCAUCGCUUAUUGCAAUACAAGGUGCUGUAGAGAGACGAGAUGCCUCAGUAGUGACUGCUGCCCGCGGAUUUUUCAGGUACCUAUUUGCGACGGUUGGCUUAUCAGUCUCGGGAGCGAUUCUCAACAACAAAGCUAAGCACAUUCUCGAGAGGCAAGGCUUUGAGACCCAGCUUAUUUCCCAGAUCUUGGACUCACCUCUCGCUAUCCUUGACGGAUUGGCUGAUCAAAGCAACCAGAGGGCCCAGUUGAUCAGCGCAUACCGAAGUGCAUUCCGGGCUGUCUUCCUGUUUUCGACUGGGCUAGCGGCCAUGUCCUUGCUUUGCACCUUCUUCUUUAUCAAAACCAAAUCGGUCGAUCGUCCGUUGGAAGAUGCUAAGCUUCAAGCCGAAUAUCAGCAAUCUCUGCAAAGGAAAAAAUCGGAUUCCCCAUUGGUGCUAGUCGGUAAUAGCAAAUGCCCCAAACCAAUCACUUGA